AUGGCAGGCUCGGUUUUGAAGAGGGUACUCGUGUUGCAUGGAUACUCACAGAAUGCAGUUGUGUUCAGCAAGCGGCUAGGCGCACUGAGGAAGGAAAGAAAGGACCUGGAAUUCGUUUUUGUGAAUGCCCCACAUAUACUCCAGGCGGCUGAAAUGUUCGCGUCUGAGCAGGCGUCCAUGGCCGAUACCCAGUCUGACCCUAACACUGCGCUGAGAGGAUGGUGGAAGGCGAACAAGGAAAAGACCAAGGUUGAGGGUCUGGAAGAGUCACUCUCACUGAUUAGGGACGUUUUGAAGGAACAGCGAUUUGAUCUGGAGCGACCACACCUAUACCCUGCAUUUUUGGAAGAUGGAAAGCCACUUCAUCCGCCUUUCCAGUUUUGUGUUGCCGUUUCUGGUUUUAGACUGAAAGAUCCCUUCUGUGAUCCUGUCUUUGAGCAAAAAUAUACGACCCCAACGUUGCAUGUUUUAGGACGGACUGAUGUCGUUGUCGUGGAAGAGCGUUCCAGGUCGUUAGUUGACGUUUCUGCGAACGCAAGAGUGGAGGAACAUGAUGGGGGGCAUUUUGUCCCAUCUAAAGGAAACUGGCGCAAGUUCUUGGUAAAUUGGAUGAUGGAUCCUAGUGCACCACACUUUGCCCCUAGUACAACCUCUGCCAUGUCACAACCGGGCUCGGGGGCAGCGACACCUGUAGGAACGGGAGCUGAUAACAAGGAGGCUUUGUUGAUGAAGUUGUAA